AUGUCAUCUCAAGAGACCAAGAUUGUCGCGUCAUUUUUGAAAGAUUCUCCACCCGGGGAAUUUAACAAUGUUCUGAAGGAUUGCAAGCAGUUAGUUGAGAACGAUGACAUUUUCCAACAAUGUCUUCCUACAUGUCUUCACGAUUAUAACACUGAGCAGCUGACUGUCGUCCAAGACGGGUCGAACAAUGUUAUCAUCUCCAAACAAACAGAGAAAAAUCCAAAUGAGUUCAUUGAUCCCAUUCACGGCAAGCUGAUGUCUUUCGAUCACAUCAAAAAGGCUAUCACCAGUUCCAGUGGUCUUUCCGAGGCACUUCCCGGCUCCGACUCGUUACGCAAUUCGAUACAGAACAAACUCGACGCUUAUUGUCGUGAGUUCUAUCCAAAGGGAGCCGGUGUUGUGAUGCCAAAAGAUGCUAAUUCGUAUUACGUCAUCAUCUCCUCCGCUGAUUUUAAAGCCGCUCAGUUCUCUAAUGGAAAGUGGAGAAGUGAAUGGACCGUCACUCUUAAUGGCUCUAAAGCCUCUAUUGAAGGCCGUAUUAGAGUCCAAGAACAUUACUUCGAAGACGCAAAUAUCCAGAUGCACACCGACGUCAAGAAAAAGGCUACUGCUAACGCCAGCGGAGACGACCAGACAGCUCAAAGCGUCAUCUCAGAAAUUAAAAAGAUCGAAGAACAAUUCCAAACUGAGUUGGUCAAAAUAUUCGACACUCUUUCAGAAAACUGCUUGAAGGCACUCAGAAGACAACUCCCUAUGUCUAAACAGAAAAUCAACUGGCAGAACUGGAAGGCUCAUAAGAUGAUGUCAAAAUAA